AUGUUGGAUCGUUUUGGAAACAAAGAGAUAGCAGAAGGGUUUAAGCUAAUCUGCAGCAGAGAGACAGCAGGAAAUUUGAUUGAUCAGUUUGGUAACAAUAGUAAAAUGCGUUCAGGGUUAAAGGGAGCAGUAAAGAAAGGACUAGGAGAGAUGGGUUUCAACGCAGGUGGUGGAGCCAUCAACUGGUUCCCUGGCCACAUGGCUGCUGCCACCCGCGCCAUCCGAGACCGCCUGAAACUUGCCGACUUUGUCAUCGAAGUCCGUGACUCCCGUAUUCCAUUAUCGUCAGCAAAUGAAGACUUACAGCCUCAGCUUGCUGCAAAAAGGCGUGUUAUUGCUCUUAAUAAGAAGGAUUUGGCCAAUCCUAAUGUUAUGCAAAAAUGGAUACGUUAUUUUGACUCGUGCAAGCAAGAUUGCAUCCCAAUAAGUGCGCACAGCAAGAGUUCUGUUCAGAAGCUUCUUGAAGUUGUGGAGUUCAAACUCAAGGAGGUGAUAUCGAGGGAACCUACUCUCCUUGUUAUGGUGGUUGGUGUUCCUAAUGUUGGGAAAUCAGCUUUGAUAAACUCAAUCCAUCAAAUUGCAUUGUCUCGCUUUGCUGUGCAGGAGAGAAAGAAACAUGCUACAGUGGGUCCAUUGCCUGGUGUAACUCAAGAUAUUGCAGGAUACAAGAUUGCUCAUAAGCCUAGCAUAUACGUGCUGGACACCCCAGGCGUGUUGGUUCCCAGUAUCCCUGAUAUAGAAACAGGGUUGAAGUUAUCUCUUACAGGAUCUGUGAAAGAUUCUGUUGUAGGUGAGGAGCGUAUUGCCCAAUACUUACUGGCAGUUUUAAAUACUCGAGGCACUCCGCUUCACUGGAAACACUGGAAUAACAGAAAAAUGGAUGGGAUUCAAUACGUAUCUGAGGAAAAACACAAAUAUGAUCCUAAAGAUCUUCGGCCAAAUAGGAGGAAGCCACCUAAUGUGUCUGAUGUGGUGUAUGUUGAGGAUCUUGUUACAGAAGUCCAAUGUGCAAUGUAUAAAACACUGGCAGAAUUCAAUGGUAAUGUGGAGGAUGAGAAUGACUUGGAGAAUCUUAUAGAGCAACAGUUUGAGGUGCUGCAGAAGGCACUGAAGAUACCACACAAGGCAUCCGAAGCUCGCUUGAUGGUCUCAAAGAAGUUUCUUACUCUUUUUAGGACAGGUAAACUUGGUCGUUUUAUCCUAGAUGAUGUCUCUGAUACCAACCCUGUAUCAUAA